AUGGCAUCUUCGCAUCCACCGGCACAGGACACGUAUCAAAUACCGAUUCCGCAUCCACCACCACAAGACACAAAUUACUCUCCAUCAAGCCCACACCCCACAUUUCAUCCCGAAACACCAGGGCCCUCGACGAUUAUUGACAUAAUAGAGUCUGAGACUAUAACUGACGAGACAAAAUUUCACUAUGGUCAAUCUCCCGCAUAUCAACCACGUCGUGAUAAGACUAAAAAGCGUGUAAAACUCCAUGGAGAAAACUAUGUGACAGAAUGUCCAGUGCCCACAAAUUUUAAACAAAUGAUUCCUAGAAAAGAUGAGAAAGAAUUUUCGUAUAUGAGAUAUACUGCUUGUACAUGUAAACCUGAUGAUUUCGAGAAAAAAGGUUAUACCCUUCGUCAAAGCGAAUUCGACCCACCAAGAUCAACAGAAUUGUUUAUAGUAUUAACUAUGUUCAAUGAAAAAAAGGAGGAUCUUGCUCGCACCUUCCACGGCGUCAUGAAAAAUAUUUCUCACCUUUGCUCUCGUAAACACUCUAAAGUUUGGGAUAAAGGUGGAUGGAAAAAGGUUGUAGUGUGUAUUGUAUCCGAUGGUCGAAAAUUUAUCAAGCCAUGUACAUUAGCUUACUUAGCAGCCAUCGGCGUCUACCAAGACGGGGUUGAAAAAGGCAAUUAUGAGGUUAUGAGGAGUGACGGUACGGUGGAGAAUAGGAAGGUUACAGCUCAUAUAUAUGAGUAUACAACUCAAGUUUCAAUUGACACGAAUAUGGAAUUUGAAAAAGAAAACAUCGUUCCUAUCCAAGUUAUCUUUUGUCUAAAAGAAGAGAAUGCUCAAAAGAUUAACUCGCAUCGUUGGUUUUUCAAUGCCUUUGGAAAGAUCCUAAAACCUAAAGUAUGCGUUCUUCUGGAUGUCGGUACCAAGCCUGGUAGCACGUCAAUACACCAUUUAUGGAAAGCUUUUAAAAAUGACAAUGUUGCCGGUGCUUGUGGUGAAAUUAUCGCAAUGAAGGGUAAUGCUGGUGUUUUCAACCCGAUAGUGGCCGCUCAAAACUUCGAGUACAAGAUGUCCAAUAUUUUAGACAAGCCCCUUGAAUCUGUUAUGGGAUAUAUUACCGUUUUACCCGGGGCCUUUUCUGCCUAUCGUUACACUGCUUUGCAAAAUGAUGAUAAUGGCAAAGGUCCGUUGAACUCUUAUUUCGCUUGUGAGGUGGAGGAAGACGAGGAAGGUGACGAAGAUAAUAGUGAAAAAAAUGAAAAAAAAAAAGUGGACAAGGAGGAUCUGUUUACCGCAAAUAUGUACCUCGCGGAAGAUCGUAUUCUAUGCUUUGAACUGGUGACCAGGAGAGACAGUGCUUACGUAUUGCAUUAUGUCAAAUCUGCUUAUGCAGAGACUGAUGUGCCAAAUGAUGUAGCAGGAUUGAUAAAACAAAGACGACGCUGGUUAAAUGGUUCUUAUUUUGCCAGUUUAUAUGCAUUGCGGCAUUGUCUUGCUGUUUGGCGAAGUCACCAUAGUCCGAUUCGAAAGUUUGUCUUGUUUGUUGAAAUGCUCUAUCAACUAUACAACUUACUUUUCACAUGGUUUGGUCUGGCAUUAACCCCAGAUGCCCUGCUUCAGGUCUUAUCUAUUAUAUAUAUAAUACUGAUUGUCGUUCAGAUAAUUCUGGCCAUGGGAAAUAGACCCCAAAGUUCCAAAUGGGCCUAUAUAGUUUCUAUGAUAUUCUUUGCGCUUAUCAUGAUUUACAUGUUAUUCGCUGCCGGUUGGAUCACAUACAAGGGUGUCGCUUUGCAACUAGAUAGUCACAAGGAUGACAUUACUGGCGCCAAUGUGUCGACUGCGAACGCCUUAUUGGAAGAUCAAUAUUUCCGAAAUAUUGUCCUUUCUGUGAUUUGUACAUAUGGAUUAUAUUUCGUUUCAAGUUUUCUAUUUUUAGAGCCAUGGCACAUGUUCUCCAGCAUAAUUCAAUAUUUGCUUUUGGUUCCAUUUUACGUCAACGUCCUGACCAUUUACGCUUUCUGUAACGUGCAUGAUGUCUCUUGGGGCACGAGAGAGGCUAAGUCAGCUCGAGGGUCUGGAAAAGUUGUUCAAAACGACGAUUCUUCCAGUCAAUCAGAAAUGGAAGUAGAAGUUGAAGCACCCGUUGAAGAAAAAGAUAUUAACAAAACGUUCGAUGAAGCCGUUAAUGCAGUGAAGGAAUCAGAAAAUAAGAAACCAACUAUCCGUUCGUCUAAAGAAAAGAAGGAAGAUAAGGUCCGAACAUUCCGUACGCGUUUUGUGCUUGCAUGGCUUAUUACCAAUGUCGCGUUCGUCUUUGGUAUCCAAAGAUUACCUCAAGAGAAGAUAAAUAAUACUUAUGUGGCUUUUAUUUUGUGGUCUGUAGCCGGGUUAGCUGCAUUUAGAUUUAUUGUUUAA